CUUCACUAAGAAAAUGUUAGAUAUCGGCAUUAUUAUAUCGAAUAUCACGGCAAUGCAUUGGCGCAGCUCAACAGAGAUGGAUAUUAACAAAGCUUGAAGUCUUUUCUUACCGGAUUAUAUAAACUACAAGGAUGAGUAUCAACGAAACCGGAUUUCCUUUUGAUGACAACUUCAGUAAUACGUCAAAUGUCAAGAACGUUUUAUACGAUAUUGUUACGCAAGACACACCAAUACUGAACAUUACACAACACAGUGGGCCAUCUUCUCACCAUGCAAUUACGUCUUUCAUAGAAAAAUACGUCAUUCCAGUAAUCUGUAUUUUAGGGUUAAUUGGCAACACAGUAUCAUCCGUAGUUUUCUUAAGGAAACCAUUAAGAAACAGUUCAUGCAGCAUAUUUCUAGCCGCAAGGGGAUUUUCUGACAACGGAUUUCUUUCGACGUUGCUCAUUAUCUGGAUUUCACGCACAUUUCAGCUUCAUUUAGGCAAAAUUCGAAAUUCUUGCCAGAUAAUUAUAUUUCUUACUUAUGUCUGUGGUUGUGCCUCCGUUUGGCUUGUGGUGUUUGUUACAAUUGAAAAUUACAUACGGAUUUGCAGGCCAUUCAUUGUGAACAGAGUUUGCACAACAAACAUUGCUAAACUAAUUGUUGGACUUCUUUCUUUUGUAACAAUAUGCAUCUAUAACUUUCCUUUCUGGACCAUGAACCCGGAUAAUUGUAUUCCAUAUGUAAGAUAUCAUAAUACAGUGCAAGCCUUAGUCUAUACAGAUACAUUACUUACGCUUGUUGUGCCUUUGAUCUGUAUGACGCUAGUCAUGACCGCCAUUACUUGCAGCCUAGUAAAAUCCUAUAACAGAAGAAGCCGAUUAAGAGCACCUACAGCAAAAAGAAUUAAAAACCCUAUGGCAAAAGUUACAAAAAUGUUGUUUGCUGUUUCGAUGACAUUCUUCUGCCUUAACCUACCAUCCCACAUUAACCGUCUUAGGAUUAUGAUUUCCUCGCUUCUCAACAAUACAGGACAGCAUGGACAUUAUUCAUCCCGAGAGGAGGCUAUUCAACAGAUCACGUUACUUGUCUACUACCUGUCAUUGGCAACAAACUUGAUAGUUUACAUUUCUUUUGGAAGUAAAUUCAGGAACAUGCUAAGGGAAAUGUUUAACAUACCCAAAUCUAGGAUGCAGACAGCAGAAAGAAGUAAAAGCGAGAAGGAACAGGAACUUACACCGAUAAUAAAUCAGACAAAUACACAUGAAACUCAGUCUGAACGUACUGACAUAGUUCCCUUGCAGUAAGUAAUACUCGAACGUUAUUAAACUUCACAGUCUUUAUUCAAAGUGCAACAAACCAUACGUACUUAUGACAUUGUAAAUAAAG